AUGAUCAGAAUAAGUGGAAAUACUGUAAUCCCUAUUGCUACAUGGGCUAAUACCCCUCCUCAUCAUCAAAUAACCUCCAUUUUGGUGUCAGAGGAUGUAGAAUAUGUUGCUACAGGAUCAGCUGAUGGGAACAUAGUCAUUUGGGAUCUAGGAAAUUCCUGCAUUUGCACACCCAGAUGGAUGCUCACUGGCCACAAGUCUUUGAUUUCCAACCUGUGCAUUGCUGGACGCUCUCCUAUGAGUAAUAACCAGUUUUUCUUCAGCUACUCUAUUAAUGGCGAAAUGGCUGUUUGGAAUUGGUCUGAUGGAAAAUGUUUAGAAUUCAAAAUGGAUACACGCUAUCGGCACACUUAUAUCAAGUCGCAUAAAACAUGUUUUCUUGACUAUCGUCUAUUGUUCUGUUGUGGUCAAUAUCCACAUAUUGUUGUAUUACAUGCUACAUCAUUAACUGUACUUUUCACUUUGGCAUCAAAUUCACAACCCGAUUGGAUAUCAUCAUUUGUUGUUGUUACAAAUCCGAAUCAACGAAGUGAAAUAGUUUUAGGUCUUUCAUUCUCCAAUGUGGCUACAUUAUGGACGUUAGAUGGUGAAGAGAUACAGGGUGAAGCAAAAUAUGAACAUGAGUCAAGAUCUAUUAACUGUCCAUCAACUGUACUUCAAGUUGUUUGUUGUCCUCAAACACCACGGUGUAUUCUGUUAGUUUGCUCUACUGGUUGGCAACUAUUCAAUGCAAUGACAUGCUCUACAAUCUGUACUAUAUCAAAUCCUUCACAUGAUACAUUGGUCGGUGGAGGCUUUAUUACAUCCAAUGUGAUUAGUGUAUUUGGCCGAUCGGGAUUUGCUUAUCUAUACUGUUUGCCAAAAAGUCUUAUUGUUCAAUCAGGUGAAUCUGUGUGCUCAGAUAUUCCAGUACAUAUAGCCACCUUAUCUCCUUAUCAUGCUAAUAAUAUUAAUAAUAACAACAACAGAAGCAGCAAUGGCGAAGAAACUGUCGAUCUGAAUCCAACCAAUACUACUGUACAGAGUUUUAGUUGUUUUACUCCAGCAUUUAUUCAUCCUAAUGAUGACCUCCAGUAUAUGAUAGCAGGGAAUAUUCAUGGCCAGCUGUUAACAUGGUGUAUAAAACUUGAUGCCUACCUGUCCAAUAUUGAUCAUCAAAUCGGAUCAAAUGAUAUAUCAUCUAGAAGAAGAAGAAGCAUUUCAACCAUUCCACCGUUGAUGUCUAGUGAUCUUCAUAGUGUAUGGAAGCGAUAUACACCACCCGAUAUAGCAACGUUUUUGACAAGUUCUAUUACAGAUCCUAAAUACCAUGCCAAUCUCAUGAAUCCCGCAUUGUCAUCAUCAUCAUCAUCAUCAUCAUCAUCAUUAUUACCGCCUGAUUCGUCCACUCAUAGGACACCAUCAACAGCAUUGCCUGAUACCAAUGAGGAGAAAAUCUCUGUAACUGUAUGCAUUCAAUUGACACAGAUAAUCUGUCAUCAUCGUCUCCCCGACCGUCGGCCUACAAUUCAUCCAUAUCGACUGGCUUUUGGUUUAUCUAAUGGACGUAUUAUUAUUGUACGUAUGGUUGAUUUUUUAAAAACGCUAUAUUGGGAAAAAAGUUAUGCCUCAGAUGAAAAUAAAGCUCCAUACGAAGAAUCCCUGCCACUGUUGAAUCAACAUAAUCGAUUAUUGUCAAAGUUUUGUUUGACAGGUCAUAUUGGUCCAGUGACAAGUCUGUUGCAUCCAGCUAGUUAUGAGAGGCAGUUCUAUGCGAAUUCGGGGAAUAUUAAUGAAAAUGCUAUGCCUACUACUAUUACUACUAGUAAUAACAAUGACGUCAGUAAUUCUGCUACUAAUUCUUCUACUAAUACUACUAAUAAUGUUAAUAGUAGUAUGAAUUCUACUACAAAUUAUCAUUUUAAUCCUGAUCACUUAUUAUCCGGUGGAGUGGAUUGUACCGUUCGUCUAUGGGAGUUAAAUCCAUGGCAUGAAUCUGCUGACAGCAAUAAAUCCAUGAAUAGCAGUAGAAAGUUUUCAAGCAGUAAUAACAGCUACAAUACUAAUAAUAAUACUAAUAAUAAUAGUCGUAGUAACAAAUCUUUGUGCUUAGCUGUUUAUCGAUGUCAUGCAUCACCGUGUAUUGGUUUAACAAUUGCUCCGCCUGUAAAAUCUGUAAUUAAUAUGGUCGCUGGGAAUCCAAGACUUUCGGCUUGCAUCUGUUCAUUCAGUUUAGAUGGUUCUGUUUGGUUGAUUAAUUUAAAAGAACAACGGCCUAUAUUGUAUGCACGAAAUACAAGUAGUGUAGCAUUAUGUCCAGUUGUAGCUGUUGGUUGGAGAGUUGCUGAAGACCUGUUAUUCAUUGCUUAUUUAGACGGUAGUGUAACAAUAUGGGAUAUAGCAAUGGGAUGUUUAGAACGUACGGAAACAGAUCAAUCAGCUAGAGAUCUAUUUGAACAAGCUCAAUUCAUUACAGAAGUCUAUCAUCCAUCAAUGUAUUUAGCAUUAUCUUUUUCAACUCUCCCAUCAAUAACAAUAUCAUCGUAUAAAUCUCGUUCAUUAGCUUGUCUACCUAGUCAUAAUUCAAUAUUUACUUCACUUGCUGUACCAUUCUGUGGUGGUGUCAAUUCAGCCUAUUCAUCUGGUUGUGUUGCAUUUACAGCGCCUAGCCGAUUAAAAUAUUCUAGUAUAGAUAAUGCACAAAAAUUAUGCAUGAAUUGCCUACCACCCAUACAAUUGCAUUUAAUUGGAUCAACUAACAACAGUGGUGAUGAUGAUUGUAAAACAUUGGAGAAACGGUUACUGAACAGUGGUCCAGCUGCAUUUGUUUUUCAUUGGGAUAUUGAAUCACUUAUAGUUGAAAUCCUAUCACAGAAUAAUGCCGUUCUAACGGACAAUGAUGAAUCGGUGAAUCAUAACACUGCACCGUCAUCAGUAUCUUCGGCAUCAUAUCAUGAUGACAUAUUUACAAUUGAUGUAACUCAAGCUAACUUCAUCCAGUUGCUUCUAUCAUUAAUUCAUCCAUGGGGUAUAGAUUCUUCAAUAGAUAAAAUUGUUGAAAAACUCUGCAAUAAUCAGUUUAUAAAAAUGACGGAAGCGAAUUUCUCCAGUGUUCAUUAUCAGUCACCUCUGUUACAUAUACAAGAAUCUUUAUGUAUUGGUUUAAUAUCAAAAUGUGGUUGUAUGAGUUUAAGUAUGCCAGGUUGUAUAGCAAGUAAAUCUCAACAUCUGAUAUCGAAGUCGAUAUCUAGUAUACCUAAUGCAUAUUGUCUUUCUUCAAUCAUUUCGACAAAUUUACUUCUUUGUGGUGUUACACUAACCGAGUUAAUGACAUCAUUGAAUUAUAAAUAUCUUCAACGUUUAUCACAUACUAUAUGCUUAACAUCAUCAUCGUCAGGAUCUUCGACGUUGCCAACCUCGCCACAACCACCACCACCACCACCACCGUCUUAUUUGUCCUCAUUGUCAUCAUCAUCUUUACUUAACGGUGGGAAUUUCAGUAUGUCAACAACUAAAACUCCUCUUCAUAAUGAUUGGCGUAAAAAUUGGCUACAGUUUUGUGCAUUCCUAUUAGAUCAUUUUAUUAAUUUAAUAUUAUCUAAUCACUCUGUAAUCAAUAACACUGAGAGUAGAUCUCAUGGUGGUGAAAAUAUUUUACCUUCGAUUGAUUUGAAUUUAUUUAUACGUAAAUGGCAAGAUCGUUGUCUACCGAUACGGUAUGCUGCUCGUACACUGUUGCUUACAUGCUUAGAUCGACUGUCAUCAGAGGAUCGUAAACUCUUAGUUGCUUAUUGGUCAGCUUUACUUCCACCCUUUUCGCUUACUACUAAAGACUAUCACCAACAACAACAGCACCAGCAGCAGCAACAACAACCACAACCUCUGCCUUCACGUCAGAUGAUUCAUCAACAAGUCUCAUUGGAUCGUACAAAUAUUAAUAGCAAUAGGAGUAAUAAUACUGUUGGUUAUAUUACCGAUAUAUUAGCCAAUCAUACAGAAACAAAGUCUACAACAACAACAGCAACACGUAAACAAAGUUUGCCACAAAUGAUGAAUGGAUUAAUCAAUACAAUAGAAUCAAAUCAUUUUCCCGCCGCACCAAUAAGUGAUAUGAAAAAACAAAUUAAUAGUAAUAGUAAUAAUGGUGGUGGUAUUAUUGAUGAAUUGAAUCAAUUACCAGGGGAUAAUUCUACUUUGUUGUCAAUUGGUGGUAGACAGUCUAGUGUUAAUAAACCGUCAUCAUCAUCCUCAUCAACAACAAUUCAGGUAGAUACAUUACCAAGUAUGACUGAAUCAGUCAGUAUGACUAGCUUAAAUUCUAAUCUUAAUAUGUCUAUUGUAUUGGAUAGUUCCUGGUGGAUGACACUGAAUGGUUAUCGUGUAUCACCUAGAGAAAAUGCACGUCUUCAGGCUUAUCUUUUACAGAGAGAUAUACAAAGAUGUCAGGCAAUGGCAAUUGUUUUAAUGGGAGUGAUUGGUAUGCGUUACGGUUCAAGUGGUAAUAGUACUGGUAAUAUUGAUAAUGGCAAUACUAACGAGGAUAACAAUAAUAAUCGACAAUAUCAUCCUGCAGUUGUUGCACGUGAUCUAAUCACCUCACCGUUAAUUCCAAAUCAUGCAGAUAAAACGCCUGAAUUGAUGGGGAAUAAUAAUUUAAAUUAUGGACUAACGCUUCCACGUUUUACGUCGUCGUCGUCGUCAUCAUCAUCGAAUGCAUGCUGUUUAUCCUUAGAAAACUUUACAGAGUCUACUCAUCAUCAACAAUCAUAUGAAAUACAAGAUGGUUUUGGAUUAGAUAAUUAUUAUUUAGCUAGAUCAACAUGUCAGUGUUUAACAGCUUUACUAUUCAACGGUGGUUAUCCAACCCUACUGCCUACAGAUGGUAGUUAUCCUGAAGUGAAUUGGCGAAAGUUGAAUGAACAGAUUGUUGGCAGUCAUGUUGAACCAUUGCCUGUUUAUGCUGCAAAUGCCUUGAUUACAUUACUGACAUCAAAUGUGAACAGUACACUAAGACGUGCUGCAAUCGAUUUAUUGGGUCGAGGAUUUCCUGUUUGGGAACCGUAUGUUGAUGUUAGUCAAGUGAUUAAUGCUCUUCUGUUAUUAGCUGCUGAUGCAGAAUUAUUAAUGUCAAGUGGGUUGGCUGAAGAAGCAGUGUAGUGAAGCCAGGACUUCAGGUGAACAUAUAGAGAAGACGGAGGUGAUGAAGAUAACCAAGGAACACCAGUACUAAUCACACCAUCAACGGGAGAGAUUUAUCAGAGGUUACUUCUUUCCUUCACUUAUCUAGGAAGCAUUGUUUCAACAACAGGCAAUCGGAACGGAUGAAGAUGCCAAAGCUGGUCAGCCAAUGCCAACCAGAAUCGGAAAGGAAAGAUACGCCUUAAUCUGUCUGAAACCAGUUUGGGAAACCUUCUGCUUCAUUCAACCAGCCAACAUGAAAAACAAGAUUCAAAUUUUCAAUACAAAUAUCAAGUUAGUUAGUCAGUCAGUAAGCUUCUCUGUACGGGUCAUAAAAGUGGUAUGCACACUCGCUGAAAAAGAUUUCCAAUAGACUACUGCAGACUUUUAUCAGCAUCUGCCUUCAUUGGCUCUAUACAGAAGAUCAAAUGGCCAACUGGCCG